AUGCCAUCGACACACCUCAGCCUCCGCGAAGACGACGUAGUGCGUCUAGCAUUGGAGUUCCUGAACCUGCGCGACUUGCACAUCACCCAGCUAUCACUAGAGCGAGAGACUGGUGUCAUCAACGGCAAUUACGCUGACGACGUUUUGUUUCUGCGGCAACUGAUUCUAGAUGGACAGUGGGAUGAUGUACUCGAAUUCAUACAACCUCUCAGCGCUCUGAAAGCAUUUGAAGCUGAUAAAUUCAAUUACGCUAUUCUUAGACAUAAGUAUAUAGAACUUCUUUGCAUUAGAUCCGAAAUAAAGGCUUACAACAAUGUUGAAAACAUCGUUGAUGAAGUCGUCAAGGUCCUUAGCGACUUAGAGAAAUUAGCUCCUUCUAAAGAAGAAUAUUCUAAUUUAUGUCUUCUGCUUACACUUCCUAGUAUAACUGACCAUACACAGUUUAAAAAAUGGAACCCAAGUAAUGCGCGGGUCCAAUGUUUUAGAGAAGUAUAUCCUCUAGUAGAACAAUUUUUGCCUUGCGAUAAAAAAUCCUUUUCAAGUGGAACAGCGCCAAAAAGUGCGAAAAACGAUCGACUCAUGCAAUUACUUAUAAAGGGGAUUUUAUACGAAUCUUGCGUUAAUUACUGCCAGGCCAAAGCCACUGGAUCCAAAGAAGCCCAGACAAAUGAAGUAAACUUUUCCCGCUUAUUAGAUGGUUCCGGUUUUGACGAGUCGGACUUGAGUUUGUUGUCUUGGCUUCAGUCAAUCCCGGCGGAGACUUUUAGCGUACCAUUUGAGCAACGAAUGCUAAAUGUUGACGUAGAAAAGUUGGAGCGGCCGUCAUUGCAUACUUCUUGGACUGAACAUAUGCUUGUAACACCAAUUAAACCCCGCACCUUUCCGCACUUGGCCAUGCCAUUUAGAAGACCUCGGUCUGCAGCGGAUGCGAUGACAAGAUCUCUCCGACCUCUGCCUGACGGAGCACCUCGUCAUCCCGCGGUCAUGGCUCUAUCUGCAAUCGACUACAGCCCCUCUUCAUCGUAUUUUGCUGGUUUCCAUCUGACUGGAAUUAAAGGCAACAAGCUUAUGAACACGUCAGUGGAUAGAUUGUUUGAUAACAAAAAUUGUGACAGUAUUUACAACGGGCUAAAUGAAUCCUUGAAACCGAUCGAGGAGCAAUUGAAACCCAUCGGUGAAUAUACAAAGACCAAUGAGAACAGUAGCAUAGGAGCGUCCAACGCUACUACACCAGAGCAUAGAGCACACGAUUACUCGGCAUCUACAUCCAUAUCAACGGCUGCAGUUUCAGAGCGCCCUUCAACUGACGUUCUACCAGGUCCAGACGGUGACUUCCGUAGGGAAUUACUCAAAGAAUAUCAGAUGCAGAAGACGCGUGAGUGUGAUGACUACCUCCGCAAUCUAUGUUCUUCUGAAAUCAGGACACAGAAACCGCAGGAGCAAGUAGGUGACAGUGCAUCCGCUUUUCCCUCUACUGUGAAGUAUCCUGCGCCGUCUAAUGUGGAACAAAAUCAACCGUUACCGGACCAUACUAAGUACUUAAGAAAAAAUGAGAUCAACGAGUCUAUUGAAGUGCCGGAAACCCCUAAUCAUAACGCUGAUGAGGCUGGGCCUUUAUUUGUCCGACAAAUUGGACAUGUCCGCUUAAUCAGUUCUGUGUCACCAGUGGUACACUCUUAUACAAAGGUCACAUGUGCAACGCAAAAACUCCCCUCGGACAGUCGCUUGUGA